GUUUUUCUGUUCCGUCCAGAACCAUUUGAACCAUUAAACAGUUUGAAUUUGAUUUCAGGGUUAAAUGAAGGCGUUUACUUGACUUUGAAGGACACAUGUGGUUCAAAUGAGCAGAGUUUUGCGGUUGGAUGGAGAUCUAUUAAGAGCAACCGUAAACGAGUUGUCAAGAGUUACUGAACUUAGAGGAAUACCAUUUUCUAGGUUUACUGAGCUUAAUCGUAUAAUCAAAGGUUUUCGUACUCAAGAAAUGACAGUUUUGUCAGGAAAUACUGGUGUUGGUAAAACGACUUUCAUGUGCGAGUACUCGCUUGAUUUGGCUGAACAGGGAGUUCCGACACUUUGGGGUAGUUUUGAAAUGCCUCUGCGGAAAGUGUGUAAGACACUAGUCCAACAGUUCGCAGGUGAGCCACUAGAUCCUCCUAUGCCCAGCAGAAUCGCUGAAUGGGCACGUAUGUUUAGCGAAAACAUUCCUAUAUAUUUUAUGAACUUACAUGGGGCUCAAAGUUUGACAGAAGUAUUAAAGACUAUGGAGGUUGGUGUCAAAGAUUCUGGCGUAGAACACAUAGUUAUCGAUAAUUUACAAUUUUUACUAGGCGCCGGUGAUGGUGCUUUCGUGGAACGUUUUCAGCGUCAAGACCACUAUGUACAAGAAUUACGUGCUUUUGCCACUGAAAAAGGUACACAUGUUACAAUCGUCGCUCAUCCUCGAAAAGAAGAAACUGGUCGUCUACUUUCAAUUAACAGUUUAUAUGGUGGUGGUAAAAUUUCUCAAGAAGCAGAUAAUAUCAUGUUCUUGCAAGUAGACUCAUCUACAUCGAUCCCUAAGAAAUAUUUACAGGUUUUAUUAGAAAUGGAAAAGUUAAUUCUUUGUAAAGCAACAGUUAGGUAAUAAUAGCAUUUAUUCUAUAUAUUUAUAUUGUGAUGGCAUUUUCUGAAUGGAUCUUUGAAACAAAAAUGUCACAAAUUUGUCAAGGUCAUUUUAAGCGACACUGCCUCCUCAUGCUUCAGCUUCAAUGGUGUUAUCAGUAGUUAAAAAUCGUUACGAUGGAACAUUGGGCUGUAUGGACUUGAAUUUUCGAAAAGACCGUCUUUCUUUCCGACCACGACCACGUGAACUAGUAAUCCCAACAAAAGCAACAACGUUUCCAAGGAUAGUUAGUUACGACUAAAUAUUUUCGUCAUUUUUUCACAGCAUUUCUAUUACAGAUAAACUUGCCAUAAGCCACAUAUAUGUAUAUAAAUAUCAUGUACAUGUAUGUAUUUUUUCAUCCAUUUUUGUACAAUUAUCAAAUCCUUGCCAGUAUGACUUUUAUUUCUAUUGAGAAACAGAUUUCUAUAUUUAAUAAAUUAUUAUUACUAUCAGAU